CCAAUAAACCACAAGUAUGAUCAGUCAGGGGAUGUCAUCAUUGGGGGCAUCAUCUCUCAGAUCUACAUAUUUUCCAACCCUGUGAGCUUCAAGUCACAUCCCUCUCAGGACCUUCUUGAUGAUCUUGUUCAUUUUGCUGGAAGCUGGACUUAUCUCGCAUCAAUGGAACUUCUUUCCACUUGGGGAAGUUUAAUCCCUAACUACAAGUGUGACAUAGGGGAUAAUCUAGCAGCUGUCAUCGCUGGACCAAACUCAAAUGUUUGUUUCUUCAUUGCAACCAUUCUAUGCAUCUACAAAAUACCACAGCUUGGGUAUGGCUCUGCUCCAGUGCUGAAUGAUCAAAGCCAAGAACCUUUUUUCAAACGGAUGUUCCCUAAUGAAAACAAUCAGUAUAUAGCAAUUGUCCAGUUGCUGCUGCAUUUCAGUUGGACAUGGAUUGGGGUGAUUUUUAUAGAUGAUGACAGUGGACAAAUGUUUGUACAAAUUGUGCUUCCACUAUUUUUUCAGAAAGGCAUCUGCUUGGACUUUAUAGAAGCUUUGCCAACAAUGUAUUUUACCACUGAUAUUUCUGAAAUGGUGGCCGAGUGGAUUGGAACAUACAAGGUUAUUAUGAGUAGCACUGCCAAUGUUGUGGUUUUAAAUGGUGAAACAUACACUAUGCUAUUUUUGAGAAUGUAUCCCCAGGUGUCAGAAUUUGAAGACAUACAAAUUAAGAGCAGAGGGAAAGUCUGGAUCAUGACGGCCCAAAUGGAGUUCUCAUCAAUUCCCUUCCAAAGAUUUUUGGACAUAGACAUCAUCCAUGGUUCUCUGUCCAUUGUCAUCCAUUCAAGUGAUGUGCCUGGAUUCCAGCAGUUCCUUCAGAUGAGAAACCCCACCUCAGACAAAGAAGAUGGCUUUAUCAGGGAGUUCUGGCAACAAGCAUUUAGCUGCGUGUUCCUAAAGACAAAGGUUGAAAAGCAGGAUGAGGACAUCUGCAGUGGGGAGGAGAAGCUGGAGAACCUUCCUGGGUCUGUAUUUGAGCUGGGCAUGACCAGCCACAGCUAUGGUGUCUACAACGCUGUCCAUGCUAUGGCACAUGCUUUGCAAUCCAUGUAUUCAGCAGUAUCAAAACACAGAGCAAUAGGAUAUGGGAUAAGAUGGAAGUCUGUAACUCAACAGCCUUGGCAGCUUCACUACUUUCUCAGAAGCAUCUCAUUUAACAACAGUGCAGGAGAAAAGAUUUCCUUUGACCAAAAUGGGGACUUACUGGCUGGAUUUGAUAUUAUCAACUGGGUCACAUUCUCAAACCAAACUUUUCUUAAAGUCAAAGUUGGAAAGAUUGAUCCUGUCCAUCCCAAAGACAAAAUGUUCAACUUUGCCUUGGAUGGUAUUAUAUGGCCCAGUACAUUUAACCAGAUACAACCCAUGUCUCUGUGUAAUGACUACUGCCAUUCAGGAUACAGUAGGAGAAAGAAGGAAGGAAUGCCAUUUUGCUGUUUUAACUGUCUUUUGUGUCCAGAAGGGAUGAUUUCAGAUCAGAAGGACAUGGAUGAAUGUUUCCGGUGUCCAGAGGAUCAAUAUCCAAAUGAGAAUCAGGACUUCUGCAUUCCCAAAAAAAUAACUUUCUUGUCUUAUGAAGAACCACUGGGAAUCAGCUUUGCUUUCAUAGCUCUUUCCUUUUCCGCGAUCACAGCUCUGGUGCUUUGGAUCUUCAUCAAACACAACAACACACCCAUCGUCAAAGCCAACAACAGGAAACUCACCUACCUUCUCCUCUUCUCUCUCCUGCUCUUGUUCUUUUCUCCUCUGCUAUUCAUUGGCCAACCUGCAAGGAUGACUUGCCUGCUCCGACAAACUGUUUUUGGCAUCAUCUUCUCGGUAGCAGUGUCUUGUGUGUUAGGCAAAACCAUGGUUGUAGUUCUCGCUUUCAUGGCCACCAAGCCCGGGUCCAGAAUGAGGAGGUGGGUAGGGAAAGGAUUGGCUAAUUUGGUAGUUUUUUCCAGUUCCCUCAUUCAAGCCACUAUUUGUACUGUGUGGCUGACAAUAGCCCCUCCAUUCCCAGAUUUGGACAUGCAUUCCAUGCCUGAAUACAUUGUACUGGAAUGUAAUGAAGGUUUGGUCAGCAUGUUCUACAGUGUCCUAGGCUUCCUGGGCUUCCUUGCCAUUGUCAGCUUCACGGUGGCUUUCCUUGCCAGGAAGUUACCUGACAGUUUCAAUGAAGCCAAGUUCAUCGCCUUCAGCAUGUUGGUGUUUUGCAGUGUCUGGUUGUCUUUUGUGCCCACUUACCAGAGCACAAAAGGAAAGUACCUGGUGGCAGUGGAGAUCUUCUCCAUCUUGGCCUCCAGUGCUGGCUUACUGGGCUGCAUCUUUUCCCCAAAAUGCUACAUUAUUGUUUUAAGACCUGAGUUGAACAGGAGGGGACAGCUAUUAACAAGAAAUAAAAAUUUAUGA